AUGGCAGUGACAACUUGCUUGACCUGGAUGCAGGAAAAGCAUCUGAAAACUUAUUUUGAAGAGCAGUUUAGCCUUCUCUAUAAGGCCAGUGUCCAUGGAUUCUCUAAAGAGAAGUUGCUUGACAGAUGCUCUCAUCAAGGAUCUAUUCUAACAGUGGUUUAUAAUGAAUAUCACAUUCUUGGUGCCUAUAUGCCAGGGGGUUACCUGGGAGAAUUGGACAUUUCCAUCACCCUUUUUGCCUUUCAAGAGACUGAAAUUUCGAAGUGCGAAAUAGGACCGCUUAAUCCAUGUUUGUUGUUUAGUGGAAAUAAUAUCAAUUCUGAAUUCAUUAUAAAUCUAGAGAAAAAAGCGGUGGUUACUAGCGUGACUACAAUGGAAAAGCUUGGACUACCUCAGUGUUGUAUGUCCUUUAAGGAAUGUGAAGUUUUUCGAUGUGAAGAUUUAUUGGACAAAAGGAGUAUGGAUGGGAUUAUUGAGCUCAAGGAGAGCUUAAUGUCUGCCAUAAGAACUUACAAACCAUAUGGAGGCCUGGUUCACCAAAUACAAAUUCUGCUUCUGGGUCCAAUUGGAGCUGGGAAGUCCAGCUUUUUCAACGCAGUGAAGUCUGUCUUCCGAGGCCAUGUCACGAACCAGGCUUUGGUGGGUUCUGAUAUAACUGGCGUAUCUGAAAAAUACAGAAGAUAUGUCGUUAAGGAUGGGAAGGAUGGCGACCCCCUGCCAUUUAUUCUGUGUGAUUUACCAGGGCUGAGUGAGAAAGAAGGCAGACUGUGCCUGGAUGACAUACUCUCCGUCUUAAAAGGCCAUGUUGCUGACAGAUACCAGUUUAAUUCCAUGAAUCCAGUCAAACCAGGUCAUGGUGACUAUAUAUGCUACCCAUUGCUGAAGGACAGAAUCCAUUGUGUGGCCUUUGUGUUCAGUGCCUACUCUGUUCACUGCCUCUCUGAUGAGAUGGUGGAAAAGAUCAAAAGAAUUCGAAAGGAGUUGAUUAAGUGUGGCAUGGUACAGGUGGUAUUGCUCACUCACGUGGACACCUUGGAUCUGAUUACAAAAGGUGACCUAAUAGACAUAUACAAAUGUGUGCCUGUGAAACUCAAGCUAGAGGAACUUCACAGAGAAUUUGGAUUUCCUCUUUCUGACAUCUUUGUGGUUAGUAAUUAUUCCUCAGAGUGGGAGCUGGAGCCUGUCAAGGACGUUCUGAUCCUCUCUGCACUGAGACAGAUGCUGUGGGCUGCAGAUGACUUCUUAGAGGACUUGCCUCUUGAGGAGACAAAUAGAGGUGUUUGA